CAUCAGAGAAGCCAUCGAGGAGAGCGAGAAAUUGCGCACGGAACGCUAAGAAGCUACAACCACAACAACAAAAUGGACAGACAAACACGCCGUGCAAACUUUAAGAAACUACAACAACCCGCGAACACAAAGCUGCGCUCCACGCGCAGCACCAAGGCCACAUCGCCCAUGACGCUGUCAGAAUAUUUCAAUACACAGGAGAGUUCCAGCAGUGCCGCAGCUGCUGAGCCCGAGAAUCUCUAUGCGGAACCUAGGAGCAAAAAAACACGCGACGUUGAGCCCAUCAAAGAUGUGGUCAAGCCCAAAAAGGCGCCCAAACUGAAAAGCAGUGCAACACAGCGGCGGGCACGCGGUGGGCGUGGCAAAAAGCAGCCCACCAUCAGCGACUUCCUGCGGAACGAGCAGCUCUUUGCGGAGGUCACGGCGCAGCAUUGCAUAGCUGAUAACUUUAGUCCCGAUGACAUUGAAAUGGCACUGGUAUUGUCCAAAUCGGAGGCGGAGAAACAUGGCCGGUUGCGGCUGGAAGACACAGAGGAUGAGCGCGAGGAAGUGGUUAAUUUGCUCGAUGACAAAGCGAAUCAGUCAACGGAGAAUGUACGCCGAAAGCUGCAAAAGUACGGCUUUCGAACAGCUGCCAAGGAGGAUUACAACCUGUUCUCCAUUGCCGCCUUGCCUGGUGCGCCGGGCAAGCGCGGCAAACGCUGCAAAUGGGCCAAUAAAUUUACGCCGCUCACCUUACGCAAUCCGGCGGCGCAGGAGAAAAAGCUGCAGACCAAGGUGGCUGCUUUGAUGGCGCAACAGGUGCGCACCAAGCUGCCAAGCGCUGAGGAUCAGCCGCCAUUUGAAUUGAUCAGCAAGCAUCUGUUGCAAUUGGCAGCUUCUGCCGAGCGCCGCAUCACCCACGAGCCCAGCGCAGAACCUCUAACGAAUUUGAGUGCAUAUUAUGUGCAGGAUUUAAUAGAAGUUAGUCGAGCGCCGGCGCAUCAUUUGCUGAAAAACUGGUCGGCCAUACAGGGACGCGAUUUGUCGCCCAAGCGACCCAGCGCAGCGAGUCAGCGCCGGCAGCAGCAACUGCAGCAGGUCUACGCAGAGCUGGAGGCGCAUUUUGGUGCAAGCGCAGUGGAGGAGGAGUUGAAUGAGCUGGAAAAACUGGUGGCCGACAAUAUGAUACAGGAUGAUAGUCAAGUGUUAGUGGACAAUCUAGUGCAGGAUGAUAGCCAAAUGACAGUUGAUAAAACAGAUGUAAAACAGGACAACAUCCAACUGCCAGUUGAUCAAGUGCGAAUCUCAUUAAGCAGCGACUCUUCGCUGAAAGAGCCGCCGGAUAAGCGUGCCAGAAUGAUGCCGGAGCUGAGUGAAGUGGAGCGGGAGAAGGAGAACCUGCAACCGAGCACAUCAGCUAUGCUGAGCCUACCCACGCAAAGCACACGCUGCAUAUCACCCGAUCUCUUCGCGGAUUCGGAUGACGAGCCAGAGAGCGAGACGCCUCCCACGUGCAGCACGGCGGCUGCUCUUGAGAUGCAGAACUUUUCGUUAAAGGUCUAUAGGAACAUAAGCUCGACCGACAUGAACAGCUAUGAGGUGUACUCCAGCGAUGAAGACUGUCCAAGAUGUUAAAGCGGAGCGCAGAAGUCUUCAAGCACCAUCUCAAGAGAGCUUUAUAGACUUGACAGAAGAGCACGAUUCACCGGAAACCACAUCAAGAAAAUCCCUUUUCGAGCAGCUCAUCUUUCCGCAGAGUCCAACCAUAGAAUUCGAUGAAGAUAUCGAUGGAUUGGAGC